AUGACCCAAUUCACAAACUCAAUGGGCCGCCUGACCUCAACCCAGCAGGGAAUAUACGUCGCCAGCAUCCUUCUCUCGUCGUCCGUCUCCUCGCUAGCCAGUGGACACAUUUCCGACCGAAUCUCACGCAAAUACGGCAUCCUGCCUGGCGGAAUCAUCAGUCUAAUCGGGACAAUAAUAUCAGCAGCCUCGCCCAACUUUGCCUCUCUCAUCGUUGCCCGCCUUGUCACCGGGGUUGGGAUAGGUCAAGCUAUCUCAGUGACCACUGUGUAUCUUAUAGAGAUGGCGCCCGUGGGAAUCCGUGGUGUCGCUGCAUGUUUUCUGCAGACGUACGUGGUGCUAGGGAUUAUGGUGGGGUAUUUUAUUGCGUUUGGGGCGCAUAAUAUCACUGGCAGCUGGGCGUGGAGGGUGCCGUUUGUUGUUCAGGCGGUUGUGGCGGCUGUUUUGUGUGUGGGAAUGGGAGUUGUGCCGUUUUCGCCGCGGUGGCUUGUGCAGGUUGGAAGAGCGGAUGAUGCGAGGAGGGCAUUAAGUAAAGUGAGGCCUCUGACAGAUGUCGAGAAGGAGUUGGAGGAGAUCCAGCAGAGUUUGGAUCCAGAAAAACAGCAGCAGACGGCGAGUAUCAGGGAAAUUUUCAAUCGGAAGUACAGGGGUCGGACAGCACUGGGAAUCUUCUUGAUGGCUUUUCAGCAGCUGACUGGCGUAAGGUUGGCGCUCUUUUUUGGAGAUCCCAGGCUAAUGUCCCAUAGAUUGACGUUGUCUUAUAUUAUGCGCCGAUUCUAUUUCGACAAGCUGGAUUCACAUCCCAAAGAGCUUCAUUCCUGUCUUCUGGCGUGA